GCCUGCCUUCCUGCUUCCGGUGGUGCGGCCGGCGCCCUCGAGGCCAGCGGUACCGCGGGGGGCGGCCGAGGCGGCCGGCGAGCGAGGGGAGGCGGCCCGGUCCCCCCGCCCCGAGGGCCGCCUACCUGUGCCGGGUGGAGGUCGCGCUCCGCCUCACGCCCGUGUCUCGUCUCCGCGGGGGGCUCGGUACCGCCCGUCGCUCGCCCGCCGCGCCCGGGGGAUGCCCGAGGCGGCGCCCGCUGCCGCCGCAGGGUUUCCCCAAUAGAAAAACAGAAGAGAUGCUUGAUAUUAAGGCUUGGGCUGAAUACAUCGUGGAGUGGGCUGCAAAGGACCCCUAUGGCUUUCUUACUACAGUGAUCUUGGCCCUUACACCCUUGUUCAUAAUUAGUGCAGCACUGUCCUGGAAACUUGCAAAAAUGAUUGAGGCCAGGGAGCGAGAGCAAAAGAAGAAACAGAAACGCCAGGAAAAUAUUGCAAAAGCCAAACGAACAAAGAAGGAUUAAAUGAGCAAAAAAGCCUUCCUUGUGUGAAGAAUCAACUUUUUUAAAUGAAGCACUGCUGUACAAUAUCUGUUCUGUUGUAACCUUCCUUUGAUACUUGAUCCUGUAUGAUUCUUGAAGUAUGAAAUUUAACUACUUAGAGAUUAUUUCUGCUGAAAUGGUUUGUGUUAAAACAACACUUGAUACACCCAUUUUUUCUACUACUUGUGUUCUAAUGCAGGUUGCUUUUUCUAAAUUUGCAUGUUAAAUUCAAAAAUGAAUCUGCUGGGUGGGGGUAAAUAUUUCUUUCUUAACUGAGCUAUGACUUAACAGUUAUCUUAAAUGUGUCAAUUAAAUCAUGGGAAAAUGUAAA